AUGAACCCCCGCCCCAGCUCCCACCCUGACAUGCUGCUCUGGACCCAGCUGAGCUGCUGGUACGUGGUGUGAGGGGCUGUCUGGCUCUCCUGGAACAUCUUCAUCACCUGUUUCUACCUGGAAGUGGGGGGCCUCACCCAGGACAGUGAGCUCCUGACCUUCAACUUCUCCCUGCACUGCUCCUGGUGGCGUGAGCAUGGGCCGGGCUGUCUGCGCAAGGAGAUACCAGCCUCCAGCCUCAGGUCCCCAGACGCCCAGGCCCUGAUGUUGGGCGCUGGCUGCCCCCUGGGACACGGCUAUUCAGAGGCCCUGCACAGCAUCCUGCAGGCCCUGGUGGAACUGGUGGGGUUUGUCCAUGCCUGCUACGUGGUCAGCGUGCUCACGGAGGACGAGGACAGCUGUGAUUUCAUUGGUGGAUUCGACCCAUUUCCCUACCAUGUUCAUGAAAAACCUCCCCACCUCUUGUUCAAGCAGGCGGACCUGUUAACUGUCCAGGAAUCAAGGCUGCUCACAGCAGACCCCCCUGAAGCUGGAACUCACACCAUCCCAACACCCCAGGACAAGGCCCCAGGCACCUACUGA